AUGUUAUUUCUCUCUUUUACAGUAUAUUUUCUUUCUUUCUUCCUUUCUUUCUUUCUUUCUUUCUUUCUUUCUUUAAUUUUUCUUUUCUUUCUUUCUUUUAUCUUAAUUUCUUUCUUUUUUCUUACAUUCUCCUUUUUUCUAUCUUUCUUUUUCUUUCUUUCUUUCUUUUUCUUUCUUCCUUUUUCUUUCUUUCUUUUUCUUUCUUUCUUUUUCUUUCUUUCUUUCUUUUUCUUUCUUCCUUUUUCUUUCUUCCUUUUUCUUUCUUUCUUUCUUUUUCUUUCUUCCUUUUUCUUUCUUUCUUUUUCUUUCUUUCUUUCUUAUAUUUUUGAAAACAACACUAACUUUAUUUUCUUAUUAUCUCUUCUUACGCCCCCCCCCAUUUUAUUUAGUAUGGCGUUUUUUAGUUUUUCCCUUCUUCACUCAAUGAAAUACUUUACUUGUUUGCUUAUCUUUUCUUUUUUUUCCUUUGAUACCUUCUUUCUUUGGUUAGACCUUUUUUUUUUCUUUUUAGCUGCCUCUUUUUUUCCUUCUCACUUUCUUCCUCUGUUAUUCUCCCGUCGUUCCUACUUCCUAUUACAUUCUUUCGACCUUUCACUGGCUUUCGUAUCUUCUUUUUUUCUCUCAUCAUAUUUAUUCGUCUCUCUUCUUCUUAACUUGCUUCCUUUUAUCUUUUUCUCUAUUAAAUUUCUUUCUUUCUUUCUUUCUUUGUUCUGUUUUUUUUUUCUGGUUCUUCUUUUUACCUUUUCUUUCUUCGUUAAUUUUGUUCUACUUUCUGUUUUUCCUCUUUGUAUGCAUUUUCAUUCUUUCUUCAUUUAUCUUAUACUUUCUUUUCUCCUUUACUUUCUCCACCCCGACACUUCUUCCGUUCUCUCUCUUUUCCGCCUAUUUCCUUUUCUUAUUUUUUUUCUUUAUUCAGUUUUUAAGGAUUUAUGUUUUCUUUUUCUACUUUAUUCUUUUUCUUUCGUCAUCGAUUUGAUUCUUCUUCAUUUUCUCUUUCAUCUUUCUUUGUUUAUUUCUUGA